AUGGAAGUGGGAAAUCGCACCGUCUUGACCGAGUUCACUUUGCUGGGCAUCUCAGCAGACCCCCACUGGCAGCUGAUCAUCUUUGGAGUAUUCCUCAUGCUCUAUUUGGUGACCUUGUCUGGGAACCUGACCCUGGUUAUCUUAAUUCGGAUUGACUACCGGCUACACACACCUAUGUACUUUUUCAUCGGCAGCUUGUCAUUCUUGGACUUCUGGUACACCUCAGUGUACACCCCCAAAAUCCUGGCCAUUUGUGUGUCUGAAGAUAAGCACAUGUCCUUGGCUGGAUGCGGGGCGCAGUUCUUCUUCUCCUGCCUUGCUGCCUACACUGAAUGCUAUCUGCUGGCCACCAUGGCCUACGACCGCUGCAAGGCGAUCUGCAGCCCACUGCUGUACUCAGGCACCAUGUCUUCCUCUCUCUGCGCCAGGCUUGUUGCUGGCUCCUACAUAGGUGGGGUUCUGAAUGCCAUCGCUCACACCGCCAACACUUUCAGGCUGCGUUUCUGUGGUGAAAACAUCAUUGACCACUUUUUAUGUGAUGUGCUGCCACUGGUAAAAAUGUCCUGCACGGACACCCAGGUCUAUGUGAGAAUCUUGUCCAGUCUGGUGGGAUUCACAGUCCUCUCCUGCCUGCUCGUCAUCCUCACCUCCUAUCUCCACAUCCUCCUGGCUAUCCUCAGGAUCCGUUCCGCCUCAGGGAGGCGCAAGGCUUUCUCUACCUGCACCUCCCACCUGGUCUCCACCACCCUUUUCUAUGGAUCCCUGCUCUUUGUGUACUCGAGGCCGAGCUCUAGCUACUCCCUGGAGAGGGACAAAGUGGCUGCCCUGUUCUACACCAUCAUCAACCCCCUGCUCAAUCCCCUUAUCUACAGUUUGAGAAACAAAGACGUCAAGGAAGCCUUCUGGAAGGUUAUGCAGGCCAGCCGACCGCAGGCAUGA